AUGGAAAACGAUUACGAACGCCAACGUCUGGAAAACAUCGAAAAAAACCGAAAACUCCUCCAGGAGCUCGACCUAACCCAAGCAGCAAGUGCCUUCCGCGCCGCCUCGGAAAAGAAAGCAGCAGCUUUAGCUUCAGCUUCAAAAUCUACUUCAUCAUCAUCAUCAUCUAAAAAACGUUCCCGUGCUGCGACUAUAAAAAAGGAGGUUCCGGAUGAAUUCCUUCCACGUCGUACUUCCUCCCGAUUAAAGGGUAUACCUGCAGACUCCGAGGUCGCAAAACGUAAGGCGGAGGCGGAAGACGCUGCAUUCAAGCAGGUUGAAAAAGCGAAGAGGCAGAGGGUCGCUGGGGAAUUAUCAUUAUCGGAUAUUGUAACUCCUGGGAAGGAAUGGGAUCGGACUACAAAUUUCUUGUCCGAUGUUAAAGGGGAACGAUAUGCCCGAACGUUUUCAGACGAAGAUGUGGCCAAGACUACAGAUUCAGAUCUUAGGGCUGUUAGGAGGAAGAUGAUGGGAUUGAAGUUGCAUGAAAGGUUCGAUCCAGUGGAUAUAAAAAUCACCCCAGAAAGAAUAUACUGCAUGUCCUUCCACCCUACAACCUCCAAAAACCUCGUCUUCGCAGGCGACAAAAUCGGCAACCUCGGUAUCUUCGACGCCUCGAACCCCCUUCCAAACCCAGACUACGACCCAUCAGAAGACGAAGAAGCUCUAUCCCACAUCCCCAACAUCUCAACCUUCAAACUCCACUCCCGCUCCAUCGCAACCCUUUCAUUCGCUCCAGAUAGUGCUGAAAGUAUAUACUCCACCUCAUACGACGGUUCCAUCCGAAAAUUAGAUCUAGUAGCCCAAAAGUCCGAUGAAGUCUUCGCCGCCGAGGAUCCCAACGAACCACUCCACAAGGACGCCGCGAUAUCAGGUCUAGACUUCUACGAUCCCAAUGUUAUCUACUUCUCGACAUUAACCGGUUUCUUGGGCCGUAAAGACCUACGUGAAAGGUCGACGGUAGCCACGAUCUGGGAAUGUCAUGAGAAGAAGAUAGGAGGGUUUACAUUAAACCCUCGGAAUCCCUGGUUCGCCGCUACAGCGAGUUUGGACCGGACGAUGAAGAUAUGGGAUUUGAGAAAAAUGGUGGGGAAGGGGGAUGAAGCAAAACCACACAUGGUGGCGGAAUAUGAGUCGAAGUUAUCGGUCAGCAGCGCGAUUUGGAGCUCGAACGGUAAAGUUGUAACGACGAGUUACGACGAUACGGUCAAAGUAUUCGACUUUGGAGAAAGCAAAGGAUGGGAGAAGGGACAUGAAGUGGCUAGUGUGGAUCCGAGCGCGGUUAUUAAACAUAAUAACCAAACGGGGAGAUGGGUUACGAUUCUUCGAGCUCAAUGGCAACAAUCUCCUACCGGGGUACAAAAAUUCUGCAUAGGGAACAUGAAUAGAUUCGUCGAUAUCUACACCGAGAAUGGAGACAUGCUCGCACAACUAGGUGGGGAUUUAGUCACUGCCGUACCCGCAGUCACCGUAUUCCACCCGACACAGGACUGGGUUGUCGGUGGUACAGCGAGUGGCAAGGUCUCUCUUUGGACAUAA